AUGAAGGUGUACUCGCCUCCGAGGAGGAGGCUCAAGCCCGGUCGCGUCCUCUUCCUCAUCUCAGGUGUGCUGCUGUGUUUCGUCUACACGCUGACUCUGAAGGCCAGGCUGUCAGAGCCACGAGCCUCCGCCCAGACGGAUGACGCUCUCGGUGAUGAUGUUGUGGAGGUCAACAUUCGGGAGGUGAUGGCGUCCAAUGAGACGGAGGAGGAGGAAGUUGUUUCACCUGAGAGCACCAGACCUCCUCCGGUGAUAAUCGUCAACAGGACAGAUAUCGAACAGUGUAUCUACGUAGAUCCUCAACCUCCCAAACCUCCUCCAACUCCACCGCCACCAACCACCACCCCUCUACCCCCACCCCAGCCCCCUCACAAGAAGGGUGAUUACCCCGAGGACAUCUUCUCAGUGGAGCAGCGACAGCAGGGCUGGGUGGCCCUGCACGUCAUGGGCAUGGUCUACAUGUUUGUCGCUCUGGCCAUCGUUUGCGACGAGUUCUUUGUUCCGGGGCUGGAGGUCCUCACCAUCAAACUGCAGAUCUCUGACGACGUGGCCGGGGCAACCUUUAUGGCGGCAGGAGGCUCUGCCCCGGAGCUCUUCACCUCCCUGAUCGGCGUCUUCGUCUCCCACAGCAACGUGGGCAUCGGCACCAUCGUGGGCUCGGCCGUCUUCAACAUCCUGUUUGUGAUCGGCAUGUGCGCCAUCUUCUCCCGGGAGAUGUUGCACCUCACCUGGUGGCCGCUCUUCAGAGACGUUACCUUCUACAUCCUGGACCUCAUCAUGCUCAUCGUCUUCUUCCUGGACAACAUGAUCCUGUGGUGGGAGAGCUUGAUGCUGUUGAUGGGCUACAUCAGCUACGUGAGCUUCAUGAAGUUCAACAGUCAGAUCGAGCACGUGGUCAAGACCCAGAUCAACAGGCACAUGAAUAUCGUCAAGGUGUGGACCGCAGAGGAGCCGGAGAAGGAGAGUGAAGCUUCUCCAGCACCACCUCCUCCUGCUGCACCAAAAACUGAAGAUGAAUCCAAACAAGAACCUGAUCCACCUCUGAGCCCCCCUCAACGCAACAAACCGCCAUCAGAUCCAUCAGAUGAAAAAGCAAAACUCAAAGUUCGUCCCAUCCUGCAGCGAGGCGGCAGCGCUGCCUCCCUCCACAACGCCUCGAUGAGGAGCACCAUCUUCCAGCUGAUGAUCCACACACUGGAACCUCUGGGAGAAGAUGAUGAUCCAAAGCCGACUGAGCCAGCCAGUGCUGCUGCUGCUGCCGCCGAGCCGUCAACCUCACAGCCUCAAAAGACGGAAGAGAAGAGCGAGAAGACGGCCGACCAGCCAGACGAGUCAAAGGGGGCAGCAGUGGGAUCAGAGGGCUCGGAGGGCAGCGCUGGGGACAAGAGCAGUGAUGAGGAUAGCGUCGACUCUGGUGAGGGUGAUGAUGAUGAUGAUGAUGAUGAUGAUGAUGAUGGAGACAAGGAGGACGAGGAAAAGGAGGAAGAGGAGGUGGAGGAGGAGAGUGAACCGUUGUCUUUAAAGUGGCCUGAAACCAGAAGCAAGCAGGCCACCUACCUGUUCCUGCUGCCCAUCGUGUUCCCACUGUGGCUCACGCUGCCUGACGUCCGCAACCCGGAGGCCAAACGGUAUUUUGCCAUCUCGUUUAUCGGCUCCAUCCUGUGGAUCGGAGUUUUCUCCUACCUGAUGGUGUGGUGGGCUCAUCAGGUGGGAGAGACUAUAGGUAUCUCAGAGGAAAUCAUGGGCCUGACCAUCCUGGCGGCCGGGACGUCGAUCCCCGACCUGAUCACCAGUGUGAUCGUGGCCCGUAAAGGCCUGGGGGACAUGGCCGUGUCCAGCUCAGUGGGCAGUAAUAUCUUUGAUAUCACUGUGGGUCUGCCCGUCCCGUGGCUCAUUUACGCUCUGUUACACAACGGCGAGCCAGUAACCGUCAGCUCCAACGGCCUGUUCUGUGCCAUCGUGCUGCUCUUCGUCAUGCUCCUCUUCGUCAUCAUCUCCAUCGCCGUCUGUCGCUGGAAGAUGAGCCGAAAGUUGGGCCUGACCAUGUUCAUACUGUACUUUGUGUUCCUCGUGCUAAGCGUUAUGCUGGAGGAUCGCAUGCUCACCUGUCCCAUUUCAAUCUGA